GGGAGGGACUCCGCGGCCUCCUGGAACUGGGAGGAGGCUGCGGCCCGAGAGCCCAUGGCGGCCCCUCGGGUGCCAGUCGGCCAGCGAGUGCGGGCCGUGCUGGAUGUGUCACUGCGGGUCCCCUCUGUCUUUAUCAUUGACGCCAUCCUUAACUCGACUCAGGAUGAUUCGUCCGGCUGCUUCACCUUCCUCCUCCAUCUCGCCCUCAAGCUACUGGGUGUUUUGGCCUCUGCCAUCGUGUUGGUAUUAUCUCGAAGAGCUCUCUUCAAGUUUUAUAUGAUCGGCGUGGCCCUCGUGCUGGCAGCAUCUUCAGUGUUGGUGAAUUAUUAUGCCACUUUGCACAUGAACUUCAAAAGUGCCUAUCACUCGGCGGCGUUUGGCAUGGAGCUCCUUCCCUCCAGCGGGCCGUCGGUGUGGAUGACGCUUAUCGUUUUGCAACUUACUUUCGGGAUUGGAUUUGUUACGUUGUUUGAGGUCCAGUCUCUCUACUCUCAGCUAAUAGUACUGGAUCUAUUAAUCCCCGUCGCUGGUUUCAUCAUCGAGCUUCCGUUCCACGUGCAGCAGAUCUUGGUUUUUAUAUCGGGCUUUCUUCUUGCACUCUACAUUACAGUAUGCCUCUCCCUCCGUUUCAAAUGGUUCUACUACUCCACCCGAUACACCGUCCUCCUUUUAAAGCAAAUGUAUAGAAUUUAUGGGCUGCAGCUCAUGAUCGAAGAUGCGUGGAAAAAGAUCCACUUCCCUGAUGUCCUCAGAGUCUUCUGGCUGACCAGGCUUGCCUUCCAGGCCGUGUUUUUAGUGUAUAUGGUGAAGGCAUCGGACGGCGAUACGGCAGAGACCUCUUCCUUCAUACCCUGGCAUGACUUGUGGGACCUUUUCUGCAGCCUCAUUAUCAGCGGCUGCGAUUCAACGCUAACCGUUCUGGGGAUGAGCGCGGUGAUCUCCUCCAUAGCGCACUACUUGGGACUGGGAAUCCUCUCCUUCAUAGGCUCUACAGAAGAAGAGGACAAACGUCUUGGGUUUGUAGCGCCCGUUCUCUUUUUCAUCUUGGCUCUACAAACAGGUCUGAGCGGCUUGAAGCCAGAGGAAAGACUUGUGCGGCUUUGUCGGAACAUGUGCCUUUUGCUCACUGCAAUUUUACAUUUCAUCCAUGGAAUGACCGAUCCGGUGUUGAUGUCACUCAGUGCCUCUCACGUGUCGUCUUUUCGCAGACAUUUCCCAGUAUUGUUUGUGUCUUUCUGUCUCUUCGGCCUUUCGGUUUUCCUCACGUGUGUCCUGUGGAGUUACUAUGCACUAAACACGUGGCUAUUUGCCGUGACGGCCUUCUGCGUAGAGCUUUGUUUGAAAGUCAUUGUCUCCCUCACGGUGUACGCGCUGUUUAUGAUCGACGGCUACUACAGCGUGUUGUGGGAGAAACUGGAUGAUUACGUCUACCACGUCCGAUCGACCGGCAACGUCAUCGAGUUUACCUUUGGGGUAAUUAUGUUUGGGAACGGGGCCUAUACGAUGAUGUUUGAGUCGGGGAGCAAAAUCCGGGCUUGUAUGAUGUGUUUACACGCUUAUUUCAACAUUUACCUGCAAGCAAAGAACGGGUGGAAGACUUUCAUCAACCGGAGGACAGCUGUGAAAAAAAUCAAUUCUCUCCCAGAAGUAAAAGUAUCCGAAUCGGGUGAAAUAGAUGAUGUUUGUGCCAUCUGCUAUCAAGAGUUCCAAACUGCUGCCCGCGUCACGCCAUGUCGGCAUUACUUCCACGCCCUUUGCCUUCGGAAAUGGCUUUACAUCCAAGACACGUGUCCCAUGUGCCAUCAAAAAGUAUACAUUGAAGAUGACCAGAAGGAGAACGCUUCCUUCUCCAACAAUAACGGGUUUGUGGCACCGGACGAGGAGCCCGCGCCGAUCAAUGGAGGUGCGGAACGUGAGCCGGAGGAUGACCUCGCGGCAGAUGAUAGCUCGGACUGUGACGAAGAGGAAUGGACGGGGUGCCGGCACAGCUCCACCGCCGAAGAGGAAGACUCCGUCAACGAUACAGACUCUACGGGCGAUUAAAGAUGAUUAUUUAUUUUUUUUGUUUUGCUCUCGUGUGUUUAAAUCAUCGGGGUGUUUAACAUGGGCCCGAGAUCAGACGAUGCUCUUCCCCGUGUUACUAUGAAAGCACAACUUUCGUUGAAUCUUUAAGCAAGGUUGAAAUGAAUCGUUUCUGUUAAGUGCUCCUGUAAAUAUCUCUCGGUCUCUUUUGUGACCUGAUUAAAUGUGUACAUUCUUGUACAUGGAAUAAAAA